CUUUCAGUAUAAUUCAUGGAUUUUUAAUUAUAUCAACCUAAAUACAAAUUUCUAUUUAGAUUUUAUUUACUAAUAAAAUCAGCAUAAAUAUAAGUACCAGAAAAAACAACACAGUAAGGUGAAAAAUAUGUAAACUGGUAAUUACAAAUAAUUACACGAUUUUAACAAAAAAACAACAAAUUUUCGCUUGUUUAACAAAUUAGACUUAUCCUAAAAUACAUCACAUUAUGGAUUCUAUCUGGUUUAAGCCUGAAUUGGCUGAUGAAAUCAUGAAGUCUGAGACCAUAUUUCAAGAAACAAAUAACAUUAUUUCAGAUAUAAUGAGAGGAAGAAUAGAUAUUACUAAUAUUGUUGAGAACAUGGCUGGCGUUCUAACUAACAAAGAACCAGAACUAAGAGAAAAAGGAAUGAGGUUUUUUACCAAAUUAUUAAAAGAAAUCCCAAAAGAUUACCUAACAGCUAUGCAACUAAAAUUUAUAUCAAAGUUUUAUAUUGAUCGCCUUAAAGAUAAUCAUCGAGUGAUACCUCCAGUUUUGGAGGGCUAUUUGAGGAUAAUGGAGAUGGAUAAUUAUGAUGUCCAAAGCUGCGGUGAAUACUUUUCUGUUUUGUUUCGAGAAGUGCCUUGUCAGUCGCAGGUGAGACAAGAUAGGUCUAACAUAUACUCCACGCUACAGAAGCUAAUGGACAGAGAUGUUGAAUACAUGAAGACACUUGGUCCAGACUUCCUCUAUGGUGUCAUAUCAGCAAUGGACGGGGAGAGAGAUCCACGUAAUCUCCUAUUCCUAUUCAAUUUCCUACCAAAGUUCCUAUCACAUAUACCUAUCGGGCAUCUUGUUGAAGAGAUGUUUGAGGUCAUAUCCUGCUACUAUCCUAUUGACUUCCACCCAUCUCCGAAUGAUCCUGCUCCGGUGACCAGGGAUAACCUAGCGGCAGCUCUCUGUCCGUGUUUAUGUGCUAUCCCGGAGUUUGGAGAGCAAUGUCUGAUGCUGCUAGUUGAGAAACUGGAUUCUAAUCUACGAAUAGCAAAGUUGGAUUCUUUGAAGUUACUGGCUGAAAGCUGUAAGACCUUCAAAGCUGAAAGCUACACACCAUUUUUGAAAACUUUGUGGUCCUCAAUAAACAGGGAGAUAACACAUAAAACGGACGAUGAAAUAAGGAUGGCAGCUCACGAGGCGUUGCAGGCUUUAGUUGCUAAACUAGCGACCACCGCUAACACAGACCAGGCUUUCGAAAACUUCCUCAAAGGCAUACUAAUAUCCCUACAAACUGUCAUAGCUGACUCCAAUACGGUAAUGCAGUUCUUGCAAGCGUCAAAAGUGUUACUAACUGUUGCAAAUUCCUCUAAAGAAUCUUGUGUAAUUAUCACAAAAUCUAUGAUACCAGCAGUUCUAGCGUAUUAUGAGUUUAAAACAUCAGCAAAGUUACAAACAGCGAGUCUAGAUUUCUUGGGCGAUUUGUACGAGCUUGUUAAACAUUGGGAUGUUUUAGAAGAGGUAGCGCAAGCGCAAGAAAUACCUCAGCUAUGUUUGAACGCUGCUAGUGUGCCGUCAAAAGACCAUCAAAUUGCUGGAUUCAAGACAUUGAUACGAGUCAAAGAUGUUUUGAAUAUGGACUUAGUGGUACCGUUUGUUGAGAUUUUAAUAUAUAACAUACAGAAUUCUAAUGAUGAUGAGUUAUUGAAAUACAGCGUAGAAACCAUCCACAGUAUAGCUAAGAGGUAUCCCGAAAUAAUAAUGAACUUAGUAGUCAAAGGAAAAUGUGAUUUGGACAAUUUAAUGGAAGAUAAAGUGACAUUGCAGAAGCGUCUUAAUCUAUUGACGAGUUUAGCAAGUUUAAACGACUUUACCAAAAUGAUUAUAAGUGAGAUCUUAAGAUUGAUUACCACUAAUGUCGAAGAGGCUCCAAUAGCUGUAAAAGCGCUUAAUAAUUCACUAUCAGACACAAGUUUGUACACCGAAGAAAAGCUAGUUCAAAUCGAGAGUGACCAUGGACUAAUCGAUUCCAUAUUGUCAUGGCUAUUGAAAGAUUUAAACGGCCCCCAAGAAUCUCUAUCACAAGGCUACGAGUUAAUAUCAAGCACAAUAGCAAGUUUGCCAGAAGAAAAACAGACGAAUAUUCUUUCUAAACACACAGAUAUGCUAUUAGACAAAACAUGUAUGAGUGAAAACUAUUUCCUAAUAUUGCAGUCUUUGUACACAUCUGUACAUCAAAAUGUAUGGAAUAAGUACAUGGAUGGUAUUAUUAAUUUGUCAUUGAAUCUAGCGCUAAACAGUGAAAAUUGUACAGUGAGACAGAAAUCUUACUAUCUAAUAGCACAUGCCCUAAAUAAGGCUGAGCAUGGAACGAAAUUCGAAGUCCUAUAUGAGAUGAUAAAGAGUUAUUUAAAAGACUGUACUAAGGACGAAAGGUUAUGCCCAAGAUUAAUAUAUUUGUAUGGUUUUGUAACGAAAGCGUUAGUAAUGCGAGGUAGUGAACAUUUCAAAUUCUGGCUACAGAAGAUAACAUUAUCAAUCUUGGACCCAAUCUACUGUAGCCACGGAGCAGAAGCGAUACACACAAUAAUGUCCGACUCCACAGAAUGUUUGAACGUCCGUCACCACUGCAGAACUAGUCUCUUCUACCGGCAGAGAGUAUUCCAGAGUUUCGCAGGACUGAUGGACAAACAGACACUCAGUGUCGACGCCAAAGAGACGUAUUAUUUGAGCUGGGCUUACGUAAUCGGGGGUACACCUAAGACAGUUAUUAAUAGUGAAAUUAGUAAGAUCGCGCCUUUACUAAUCGACGCGCUAGAUUUCGAUAAUAAGGACUUGUUGAUUGUGAUGAUGGAUGUUCUGAUACAUUUUGUUCAAGCUAAACACGUCACUAUCGCUCAGAGUUUACAGACCAUUUUGCCGCGGCUCGUCAGAUUGUCUACUUAUGUGAAAUCUAUGGAUGUACGGAUAAAAAGCCUCCAAUGUCUUUACGAGAUCGCCAGCACAUAUCAGACUGUUUUGCUGCUACCAUACAAGAGAGAUGUGCUGUUGGAUUUAGCGCCAUCUCUUGACGAUAAAAAGAGACUAGUUCGAAAUGCCGCCGUCAAAGCCCGAACUAGGUGGUUCUUAGUCGGCUCUCCAGGGGAAAAUAAAGAAGAUUAGAAAGGAAUUAUCUAAAGGAGAAAUAGAAGAAAUUAAUUGCCAAGGUCAAUUUGUGAAAAAUAAGACAAAAAUAUCCAAGAGAGAUUGUUGAAAGUCGUCAAAGAAUAACGAAAAAGAGUGCUAAAAGCAAUAUUAUUAUCUUGUUUAGUUUUGCGAUUACUUACGAGUAUGUUUUACAGCUACUGACGUAAAUAUUCAGUUAUAGGAGCCCGAUACAUAGUAAUAAUUAUAAUAACGACCUAAUAAAGAUAGAGAAUUAGCUUAUUCACUGCAUUUUAAGGACAAUAUUAGCCUGAUUCGGUAUUUAUAACACUUUGUUGAAAUUAAAGUUUUCUACGAUGUUUAUAAUAUAUUUUAUAAAUAAAGCACUGUAUGU